AUGUCAGCCAUUGCAAUUGACAACACAAUGGGAGCUGCCUUAAUUGGCUGCAUCCUCGCUGCAGCUUUAUACGGUGUCUCAACCGUCCAAACCUUCUUCUACUUCACUCAUUACUCGCGGGAUCCUUGGUACACGCAGCAAAUUGUCCUUGCCGUAUGGGUGUUUGAUACCCUCCAUCAAGCCCUGAUCACACACACGGUGUAUCAUUAUGUGAUAUCAAACUACUUCAAUCCUACGGCCCUGGGGAAUAUGAUCUGGCAAGAGUAUCCUGGUAUGUUGCCAGUUGGUUUUAGUUUCAUUGACCCAUGUAUUGAUGAAUUCUCGCAGCUCGAAGUAUUGGUCAACGGUUUCAUUGGACUUAUCGUGCAAAGCUAUCUGAUGCACCGCAUCUGGCGCUUGAGUGGAAAGAAGAUUUGGCCGCUCAUUCUCAUCGGGCCCUUCAUCGUUGGAGAAUUCAUGUGCUCCCUAGUCUUCACCAUCCUGUCUCUCCAAAUGACAACGUUCGCCGAGUUGACCUCGCUCAAGGGACUCUCGAUGUCCGUCAACGUUCUCGCGGCGGCCGGUGACCUCCUGAUCUCGAUAUGCUUGGUCCUCAUGCUCCACAAACGUCGAACUGGCUUCAAAAAAUCCAAUACUAUCAUUAGUCGAUUGAUCAUCUUCACUAUUAACACCGGACUUCUCACGACGAUGUGCGCCAUCGCCUCCCUCAUCUCGAUAUUGGUGUGGGACACCACACUCAUCUACGUCUCGUUCUUCUUCUGCAUCGGCAGAUUCUACGCCAACACCCUUUUGGCGACGCUGAACGCAAGAUCCAUCAUCCGCAGCGUUGGCGCAGACUCGGACACAAAUAGUGUGCCCCUGUCGGGUCGUCAUGCAUCGAGCACGCUCAACAAGGUUGGGGGGCCCAAGCCGACAAACAUCUCCAUCCAGAUCGACACUGCGCACGAAUACAUGCGGGAUGAUGAUAGCACUACGAUGAAGACCAAGUUACCCUCUGCUGAGGCUAUGUAG